CCUUGUGUCGGCUGGCAAGAGCCACUUGCCUCGUGAGCGCCUUGUCUGCGCCGGCUAUGCUCGCGAAUGGAGACGAAUGACAUUUGUCCCAUCUGCUUGGAUGAGUCGCCCACGGCGGCGGUGGCGUGCCCCUGCCCCGGGCGCCACGUCUUCUGCAGCGACUGCCUCAGCGCCUCCAAGGCGCUCUGCUGCCCCCUCUGCCGGAACCGCUCGGAGCCGGUGGUGCGGUUCUUGUUCGCCUUGCAGAGACCCGGGGAGGGGCAGAUGGAGUGGAUGAUCGACCAGCUGCUAGACUCUGCGUUGCAGGGGAACACGCAGAUCCUGCAGAUCCUAGUGGACUGGAACUGCCCCGUGAACCUUGCGGACCGGGAGCUGCAGCCGCUGCACCUGGCGGCGCAGGAGGGGCACACGGCGAUCGCGCGGAUCCUCGUGGAGGCCAACGCCCAGGUGGAGGAGCUGGAGCUGAUCGAGGGCGCCACGCCCUUGUCGCUGGCGGCGUUUGAGGGGCACUUGGAGACGGUCCGCUACUUGGUGGAGGUCAAGGCGCGCCUGGACCACUUCGACGGGGACCGGCUCACGCCCUUCAUGGCCGCUUGCAGCGGUGGCCACGUGGAGGUGGCGCAGUUUCUGCUGCAGGCCAACUCGGACCCCCAGAAGCGGAGCUUCCUGAAGUUCACGGCGCUGCAUAUCGCCGUGGAGGAUAUGUGCACCGAGGUGUGCCGCUGGCUGCUGCAGGAAGCCAAGGGAGUGGUGGUCAACGCCUUGGCCCAGUACGAGGAGUCCAUUCUGCACGUGGCGGGCCGGGUGGAUCACUGGGAGGUGGUGGACAUGAUGCAGACACCCUUCGGCCAGGCCUUGGUGGAGGCGCGGACCACCACGGGCUUCGGGGCGCUGCAUCUGGCCGCCGCCCUGGGGAACCUCCAGGCGGCGGACUCGCUGCUCCGCCUGCGCGCGGACAUCGACGCGCGCAGCGCCCAGGAGGUGAGCGCCUUGUACGCCGCCACGGAGAACGGUCACCUGGGGGUGGUGAAGCUGUUGCUCUUCCUGGGCGCCAACUGCCGCGUGCCCUGCCGCAUCUUCCCGGCGCACCACUCGCUCUUGGAUUGGCACCUGCCAAGGGACUCCACCAACCUGCUGAACCUGCAGGUGGGGUGCCCGGUGAGUUUCAACCUGGCCAGCCUCGAGCUGGAGGAGCGGCCGAAGGCGAGCCACUGGGUGACGGGUCUUGUGGAGGCCAUCGAACAGGAUCCCAACAGCGCAGACCGGCUCGACGACUUGGUGAUGGUCAACACGGGGGACCUCACCUACUGCAUUUGCAGGUACAACUGCAUGCCGCACCUCCCCUCCACCUUGCUGGAAAACCGGCACGUGCUGCGCCUGGGCGAGGCAGUGUACAUCAAGGCGCCCAUCUACUGCACCUCCGGGGACUGGAUUUUGGUCCCCGGGGAUGUGGGCCAUGUGGUGGCUUUCGCCCAUGGAGGGGAGUACGAGAUCGAAGCGGAGGAUGGCAGGUGCCGGUACCUCGCUGCCCGCGAGGAUCUCAUCCCCUUCCUCCAAGAGGAGGCGCUGAAUUGCGCGGCGCGGCGCGGGCAUUUGGAGAUCCUGCGCGAGCUGCUGCAAGCGCGCGCUGACCUCGAGGCUGGGCCCCGCACGGCUUUGCACUGCGCCACCGAAGGCGGCCACCUGGAGGUGGUUCAGGCGCUGCUGGGCGCGCGAGCGGACCUGGACGCGCAGUGGCUGGCCUCCAACUCCGCGAUAGAGACUGCUGCCUUGGCCGGGCAGCAGGAGAUCUUGGCCUACCUUCUGGACCAAGUUUCCUUCUCCCGGCGGCCCCUGCAGUGUUUGGCGGAGGCCCUUGCAGCAGCACGGGCCGCAGGCCUGCCUGGGCAGCUGAUCCUGGCCAAGCUGCUGGCGCUCCACGGCGCCGGAUGUGCUCUCGGGAGCUGCGAGGACCUCUGGCUGGAGAGGCAGUGCCUGGUGCAGCUCCGGGAUUUGGGCAUGGAGUGUCUCUUGAGCGGGGACGAGGCCUCUGCCAUGGGCAUCUCAGACUUCUUGGGCUGCGCCCGGUGCGCCGCGGAUCGCUGAGGUGCCGAAGGUGCCUUGCUUGCUGUCGCCUUUUCGGGGAAGUUCCCUCUGAUCCAAGCCUCGGAUCGUUGCGGCGAGAUUUCCGCCGAGAAAGACUCUCGGCGGGCUGCGGCUCGUUUCGGAUCGUUUCGGCCCGGUUGCGGCGAAACCGUGCACGGCACCCGGUCGGUACAUCCGUGGAGCAACUCGACCGUAGAACUACUUAAAGGCAAGCGGCCGCCAGUUGUCCAAU